AUGGCGCAUGUCCUCUACGCUAUCCACAGACUCAUCGCUUGUCUGUAUUUGUUCGAAAGGGUCUGCUCCAGAUGCGACAAGAUAAUCGCGGCACAGCACGAUCCGCUCACGUUCUAUUAUGGCGACGAUGAUGAAUCAACGGGUAUCCCGACUUUGUUUGAGCAAUAUGCCUCUUCACUAGAGAAGUUUCUGCCAGUUUUGCAAGAUGAACAUGGUCGCCUGCGAGUGUGGACGGGCAAUAUAGGAGCACAUAAGAGCAGGAGGUCGUCGCUGGACUAUCGCCUCCGGGACGCUUCCCAAGUCAGAGGCCAGGUUGCUUCGCUUCUUGACGUCUUAGAGGUGUCCUUAAGUGAAGUACUCGCCAUUGUAUCUGGAGAAAGGCCCGUUGAGGAGGAAGACACUGAAGAAUGGUCCGACGAUGACUAUUUGGACGAUGAAUCCAUCCCGUCUGAAGAGGGACUCCCUCAGCCAGCAGAGCUGUUCCAGCUGCUAGAGGACAUCCAGGUCGUUAUCAAGUGCCUCUACAAACUGUCCAUGGUCAUUCGCCAUCCCGCCCAACACGACCGGAUAAAAACCAAUGUUGACCUCUCCCACUUCACGCAAUUUGACAUUCAGCAUGUCGAACAGAAAUUCCCUAAUGCAGAACGCUGGCUCGUCCAGCGGCUGGGUAAAGCCAUAACGAAACGACGGGAAUAUUUGAAGGGUCGUGAACUGCACCAUGAAAAACUUAAUCAUGGGGCUGAUGCGACUGCCGCAGCUCUGUUUGAGGAUGACUCUCACACAGAAGCUGCACAAAGAACCCUACUGUCAGAAACCACGGCUACAACCUUCGAUUACGGCCUGGUUGCUGCCCUACAUACUGCAGCUGGAGAGACAGACGCUGAUCCCGCCCCAUCGGAAACUUCCUAUGCAUCAACAGUCGGUGACGAUACAAAACUGCAUUUUCCCCCGAUUCCGGAGGAAGCAGAGCAUAAUCCUGAUGGGUUUGAAUGCCCUUACUGUUAUUACCUUGUAUCCAUCCGUGGGCCUUUGUCCUGGGCACGGCACAUCUUUGAUGACCUGCAGCCAUACAUCUGCACUUUCCGUGACUGCCCAACGCCUCACCAAACGUACAGCCGCAGGCGUACUUGGUUCAACCAUGAGAAAACAGCGCAUCGAGCCGCAGGAUUUCCACACAGUGAUUCCCGCUUCGUCCCUUUGCAAAGCUCCGGGCCCGUGGAUAGCUUAUCUGCUGUUGACUGCCCUUUAUGUGGAGUGAGAAUACCGAAUCUUCAUCAUCUCGAACGUCACCUAGCACGCCAUCUUGAACAACUCGCUCUCUUCGCCUUACCCCACGAUUUUCGGGACGACGAUGACCAGCGAGAUUCUCCAGAGAGUGGUGACGAUAACCCAUCUUCUGAUAGCCUUGAAGACGGGUCAGAAGGUGAAAUGGAAGAAUACCAUGCUGCCAUGCCGAGGCCCGAAGAGACAGACGUGGAUGUUGACUCGCCCCUUUCGAGCCUUCUAGAGGAAUAUAAAGAACCCACGCCUGAAUCCAACAUUGAAUCAUAUUCGAGCACCAUGGGACAGGAUCCCCAAACGCCCAUGUCUGCUCUGACAGACACUUACAAAGAGGUCAACCAUGGACCAGAUGCUCUUCCAGAUCAGUCAUCUCACGCCACACAAGAUGCGACUUCGGCAGGGAAAUCUACUAAAGUUACUACUAAAGUUAGCCCUGAGGAAGAGUCAAUCCAGAAUCGACUUUCGAGCAUCCAACGAAGGAUCGACGAGCUGUCUAGAAAUCAAGAAGAACGCAAGAAAUAUUUUAACCCAAAUCCCAGACAUGACAAGACCUCCAAGGCUUUCUCCCCAAAAGAUCCGCCUUCUGUAUAA